ACCGUCACUUCGUCAGCGGCUCUGGGGCAGCCAUCUUGUGAAGCGUUUCGUUAUUGCUUGAAUCAUGUUGAAGUUAGCCGCAAUUGUAUCUUUAAUGCUUGUUGCGACAUGGUCGCAGGCUGAAUCUAGGCGUUAUAAAAGAGAAGCCGCCUCGUCCAGAGACUCCGACACAGGUAGUUCGCUAUGGGCUGCGAGUAUUUCUUGUGACUCUUGUGGUAGCGAAUGUGCGUCUGCGUGCGGUACACGACAUUUCCGAUCCUGCUGCUUCAACUACCUGAGGAAGAAGCGAGGACCUGACUCCCUUAAGUUCCUGUCGCAUAAUUUCCACGACUGGACUGAUAAUCUGAAGCCAAGGUCUUUUGCCGUCGAUGACGUCCCUGAUAUAUGGAGCAUGAUGCCAGGGGAUUAUAAGCCGUAUCCCUAUGAUGAUAUGUUUGAAAAUAGACUGCAAGCAUACGAAACAUAAAUGGUCCUCUCCGGCUGCAAUAUUAUGUUCAAACUGUAUAUAGAGUUAAACGUUAAUGAAAUGUAAAAGGAAAUAUAUAUUUUUAAAUUUGUUAGUUCUUUUAAAAGACUUUGUAUCUUAAACGGCUGGAGAGAUAUAAAAUCUUAACUAUUUAAAAGCAUGUUAUAAUUUAUAUUAUAGAAUAUUAAUAAGAUAUUAAUAAAUUUU